AUGUCUGAACAACAAACCGCUACAUUGCCAGAACCAAAGUCGGGGCCAAAGAUUGUACCUAAAACUCCUCCCAGUUCAAGUUUGAAACUGCUUGCACAUUUGAAACAGUACCCUUUGAUCAGUCAAACCAGAGAUAUGGUGUUACAAAUCCCCUUUACCAAAACCGCCUUAGAAACUAUUUCUCCUUCCUUAAAGGCUGUAAGUGAGACACAACCCUUUAAGAUUGUUUUGGAUAAGAGUGAUCUUGCUGCCGAUUCAAUGUUGUAUACGUUAGAUAAAUCCUUCCCCCGAUUGAAACAUUUUGCAAUGAAUGACUUCAUAGAUCCAAUCUCAAGACCCAUAAACGGGACUGCUGAGCGUUUGAACUCCGAAGUCAAACAUGCAAAGGAACAAAUUGACCAAAACAUCCUUACUCCUACCGCCAAAGCAGCUUUUACCGCUAAGGAAAGCUUUAGCGCAUUGGUAAUAGAUAAUCAAGGCAAGGGGAUCAUCAGUUCUCAAGCUGAUCCUAUCAUUGGUCCUGUCAAUGAUAAGUUGGAGGAAUUAGUUCAAGCUCAUUUACCAGAUACCAAAAAGGUUUCUAAAAGGCAUUCCAGUGAAUUAUCAAGAUCCAUGAGACUUAUAAAGAAUGUUCUUACCAGAACUAAAGCUCAACCAGAGGCCACAUCACCAGUAGCUGUCACUACUACAGAAGCUGGUACUGCUGCUGUCCCAAAUUGA